UCUUCUUUUCUGACCAUUGGGUAGAAGGGCCAUCAAUCAGUGGGUGACUGGAGCUGCACGGGAAGGCGAGAGAGUCCUUAGCAACGGCUAUUGCCGUGAAGUGUUGAGUAGCGAGCUGGGCGGUUGAAGCCGGGAGGUCCCGGCUGACGGCGCCGGUUGGGGACAUGGCAUCCAGCUACCGCACAAUUUCAGACCAAUGGAAGAAAAGAGCAGCAAAAAUUGAAUUGAAUGAAACCCAAAAGCAAGAAAUUAAAGAGGCCUUUGAUUUAUUUGAUGUUGAUGGGUCUGGAACCAUAGAUGUGAAAGAAUUGAAGAUUGCAAUGCAGGCCUUAGGAUUUGAACCAAAGAAAGAAGAAAUUAAAAAAAUGAUAGCUGAAAUCGACAAAGAAGGAGUUGGCACCAUUAGUUUUGAAGAUUUUUUUGCCAUAAUGAGUGUAAAAAUGAGUGAAAAAGAUGACAAAGAAGAAAUACUGAAGGCUUUCAAAUUAUUUGAUGAUGAUGACACUGGAAGCAUAUCACUAAACAAUAUCAAGAGGGUUGCUAAGGAACUGGGGGAAAAUUUAACAGAUGAUGAACUUCAGGAAAUGCUUGAUGAAGCUGAUCAUGAUGGGGAUGGAGAAAUAAAUGAGGAAGAAUUUUUGAGAAUGAUGAAAAAGACCACUCUUUAUUAAUACCGUGUUUUGUUCCUUCUAAAAAGUUGCUAACAAAUUUUGUGUUUGUUCUAGUUCCAUAAUAUUUGAAUGUACUCAUUUUCAGUUUUUAGUUUAUAUGCACAAACUGGUCUCUUAAUGUCUAAUCUAUGUGAGAAAUUACAUAUUUCUACCAAUAUGUUGUUAAAUAUAUAGCAUCAAGAAACAAAGGAAAUGUAACGACUUUCUUGAACCAUGAAUCCAAGAACAGUAUUAAUUUCAACUGCCUUUUUUAGAGCUCUAGGGUCCAAAAACUUAGAUUUUUUUUUUUACUUAAGGAAAUUGGCCCCACAUCAAAUGAAUCUGGCAAGAAAGCAAGCCAUUACUUUCCCUAUUGUUUUCCUUUUGUGCAACUUUAAAAACUGAUGAAUAUUUGCUUUUUAACAAAUUAUUCAGAUAUGUAAAGUAUUAAAACUGUUUGGCAACU